AUUUUAGUAUCACACGUCUCCUCUUGUCUUCUUCCCGCUGUUUUCUGUCGCUGCGUACACUGGGGGGUUCCACGCGUUGAAGAUCAAGAGGAUCAUCGAGUUUCGAUGCAAAUCGUAUCCUCGGAGGUGAAGCGUCGACGAACAUCUCGCUGAAGCGAGCUUGCGACACAUAACUUCCUCAGUCAGCGGUCAGUGAGCGGCGUGCGUGAUGUACUCGCCAUCUUAAGUUUAUCGUGCGUCGGACGUACGCAUAUUCACAUAUUGCAGGCGCGCAGAGGAGGGGGACCCUCUGUCAAUCGGUGGAACCCUGUUGUCACCCUGUCGCAGCUGCGUUCGCGCUGUUCGCGCAUUAGCCCUCGAUGAGGUGAGAGGCACCGUGUGUUCGACACAGGCGCGUCCCAGCGAUCCUAGUCAUAGACGGGAUUGACUGAUCUUUGCCGUUGUUCCUCUCGGUUCAGAUCAUAGUCGCGACAUCAACGAUAACGAUCGCCACGACGUGUGGGGGCUAGUCACUUGGAACUUCAAGGACCGAGGGGAAAGCAGGUGACUCCUGGGUGAGAAGAGUGUAUUGGUGAACUGAUAUCGUGAACUGAUAUCGUCGGGAGUUCAUGAUCCAAAAAUGAUCCUCGCGUUCGCGAGCGACCUGAUGGCUACGUGACAACUGUGGCGCGAGGUAUCGCGUCGCAUCAUAGAACUUCGUCCCUCCAUCCGAUCCUCAGUCUCUACCUAAUGCAAUGGGGUUCAAAUUUCUGAAGUGAGCGCGGAGCUAUUUUCAGUGAGGAAGAAGAUAGACGCACGAGUGACUCUCCCUAGCUAGGUCGCGCGAAAGAUGUAAUUCCGUGGCACUGGAACCUCUUGGAUGAUGUAUCGCGAACAAACUGCGAGUCCCAUGUGAAGUUACGGAUAGUGAGAUCGCUGGGAAAAGAAAGGCCUUCCCAGUGUAACGGAUAUAUUUUAAAUGGGGAAUAAAUUCGAUGAUUUCGGAGGUAUGAAACUCUCGAGUAUGCAAGAAAACGGUAGAAAUGAAAUAAGGAAAUCUGGAAACCAAGUUUCUAACGAUGUCAUGAUGGACAACGAUGCUACCAGUGACAAGUACGAAGAUAAUAGGACAGAUAACUUAGAAAGAGAGGAGGGUUCUAUGGUAUCUAAUCUUCCUCUUUUAUUUGCUAACGGUUAUCCCACGUCUUUGGAGAAAAUCACUAUGGCACAACUAGAACGUUUUAUAUUGUUCAUGGUCCAUUGCUCACUGGGACAUGACACAACUAAAGUCAUUAACAAACCUGAGUGGUGGCCUCAAGAUGUUAAAUUUUCAAGUCCACUAACAAGACCUAAGAAGAUCAAUGAUAACUGGAUGGCGAACCUAAAGAAAUUAGUUUUCCGAUGUUACACGUAUCACAGAAGCGAAUAUCUGUUACGUUUUUGUUCCUAUCUAGCCCAGUACCCGCACGAUGAAUUAGAGUAUGUUAAUAAUUGGGACUCUACAACUAGUCUGUAUCACAAAAGUACAGGAAAACUACUAGUAACAUUUCGUAAUGAAAACAUGCAUUAUGACAGAAAGAAUGAUAGCCCCCGAAGAACAUUGUUAUCUCACAAUGCAUCUUCAUCAAGUAGUGGAAGCAAAACGAAACAGCAAACCCCCAUGAUGGUUCAACCAUGCGAUGAUAUUUAUCUUUGUGACAAUUGUGAUGCUGAAUUUGUGGGUCUUGCAAAAAUGAAGGAGCAUGAAAAAAUGUGCUGUGAACUGGAUCACGGUGGUGGUAGUGCCUCGCGCUCGUCUACACCGGAUCUGUCCGUAGUUGAGCCUGAGUUGCAACAGGAUCAAUUUCUGGAAUAUUUCCAGUUACGAUCGAGUAAGACUGAAUCCAAAUCGGCUGACAUAAAAAAUGCGAGUACUUCUGAUGGUAGUAUCGUCAGACGAACGUCCGGGCGUGUCAGGAGUUCUCUUAAUUUUACGAGAUUUGCUACUAUCCCAUUCUCAUCGCCCGCUGGUAUAAUGCUAACGAAGAAAUCGAAGGCUAUGACUGAGGAGACGCAGCAGGAGCGAUUAGACAGAAUAGAGAGACACGUCAUCGCGCCAAUAUUGGGCAAUUCCUAUAGACCAAAAUGGUUGGACACAGAAGCGGAUAACGAUAGAUGGAUAGUGACAUACAAACCAAAUCGUGAUAGGCCGACCGACAAUUAUGUCCAUCAAUAUAAAUUUGCUAAUUCCAUUAAAAACAAGCCAAUGCUGAGUAUACAGUCGCAAUUACUCUACGCCACGUGUCGACCUAUUUACGUUGUUCUUACCCGACUGAAUGAGAAGCAAAUUGAUGAAUUGAAGAAAGACCCUUCGAAAUAUCAGUGCCCUCAAAAGAGCAUUAAUCUGCGGAAAGUUUUAUUAACGAGAAAAGCAGGACCAGCUUGCAAAACAAAAUCGAGGAAGGCAGUUCAUACGCGAAAUACAUCUGUAUCUUCGAAACGAAAAGCACCACUGGAGGAUGAUCAAAUUGUUGAAGAGGAGCAAGAGGAGGAGGAGGAGGAGGAGGAGGAAGAGGAGGAGGAGGAAGAGGAGGAGGAGGAGGAAGAGGAGGAGGAGGAGGAACAAGAAGAGGAAGAUGAUGAAGCCAACAUUAAUACAUUACCUAAAGAACCUUUACUCGUGCCAGUAAAAUCAUUUACGGUUAAUGCUGAGACUACUAAAUCAGCUAAAGAGAAAAAAUGUCCAUCGCGUACGAUAAUGUUGAUUGAUCUCUGUUCGUCCGAUGAAGAAGAAAACAAUUUGAGUACUCGGACGUCCUGCGAUGAGAACAGAGAUCCUAUGAACACCGCAGAAUCUUCGAUCGCAAAAUCCUUCUUACGAAAGCUGUCGCCAAAACAAACUUUACGCGAAACCUUGCAUUUACCCCGCACACUCAUUGACAGACUGGUUAUUGAAUAGCGUAUUAAACAAAGAUAAAAACAGAUACAAAUAGACUGUUGAAUAAUUAAAAAAAAAAAAAAAAAAAAGAAAGAAAGAAAAGAUGCGUAUGCCUUUCUCCGAUUUUGACACCGUAAAUACUAAAUCAACGUACAGUAAGUUGUUACUUAUUAUUAUAUAUGUGAUGACUUACAACGUGUACAUGUAUUAUGUUUCUUAUAUUUAUUCUAAUUAAUACAAUAGUUGAAAUUAUAUUAGGUUAUAAGACUGUUAUGAUUUUGCGACUUUAUCUAAAUAUUUGAAGAUUAAGUUGCAUCAUGAAUAGAACGGAUCGAUUUAAUUAGAUCAUGUUCAAUUAUAGAAUACGAAGUGUUUAAAAGAAAUUGAUGAGAAAGAUAGAGCUGAGAUAAACUUAAGAGUAAAAUAAAAGGAGUGAAGUUAAAAAAAUAUGUUGGACUGUUACGUAAAAAUUUUAAACAAUAAGCAAUUUUUUGAUUAUUAUUUACGCGCGGGUCGCAGCAGCGAUAUAGCGAGAAACGCAAAGUGCUAUAAAAUUUAUAUGCAUGUGAAAAUAGAAAUUGAUGAAUAAUUAACUUUAAUUGCUUAUUAUUUAAAAACUUUGUAUCUAAAGUUAUCUCGAUUUGCUCUAUUACAUUCUUUUAAACUUAAUAGAAUACACUCCCUAGCAUUCAUGUAUAUGAUAGUCACGGAAUGCGAUUUGUUAUCUUAUGAAAAUUUACUAUUAUAAUAUUAAUACAAGUUUUGAUUUAUGUAUAUAAAUGGAUAAUUUAAAUAGAAAUAUGUACGGUACAGAACAGGAUAUGUAAAUGCACUAUUUAAUACUUAUAC